AUGAGAAUCCUGCUGGUUCUCUCCUUUCUUACUCUUUUCACCAUUUUCCCCUCAACCGAUGCUCAUUCACCACGACACGUUCGUUCACUAUGCGAUCGAAAAGCAGUUCAUCACAUCCGAAGAUUGUGCCCAGACAUGUGCUUGACAGGAGAGAUGCUGAACAUAUACGAAUACUGCAAAAUGGGAUACUCGGAUUCUCAAGUCAAAUACAUCUGUUGUCCAGAAUAA